UGUGGAGCCUGACUUAUCUCGACACUCACUCCUGCUCUCAACAGAUGCUCGCCUCUUUGGACUCCUGCGUUGGGUCUUUGAAAACAAUGCCAUCGAGGUGUUCCGAGCGGAUGUUCCAGCGCGUGGAGAAAGUUCUUCUAUAAGUCAGACUGGAGCUUCCGGAGGAUGGAGAGCACGACGUCGACGAGCGAGCAGUCCAUGACGGGCCGCACGAUGAUCCCCACCAUCCCGUCCAUCAUGUUCAUCUUCGGGGUGGUGGGCAACGUCAUCGCCAUCGCGGUGCUGUGCCGGUCUCGCAAGGAGCAGAAAGAAACCACCUUCUACACGCUGGUGUGCGGUCUGGCCGUCACCGACUUGUUGGGCACGCUGCUGGCAAGCCCGGUCACCAUCGCCACUUACGUGAAGGGCGCCUGGCCCGGCGGGGAACCCCUGUGUCAGUACUUUGGCUUCACCCUAAUCUUCUUCUCCCUGGCCGGCCUCAGCAUCAUCUGCGCCAUGUCCGUGGAGAGAUACAUGGCCAUCAACCACGCGUAUUUCUACAACGACUACGUGGACCAGAAACUGGCCGGCUUGACCCUCUUGGCCAUCUACGUGUCUAACGCGCUGUUUUGCGCGCUGCCGGUGCUGGGCUUCGGCCGCGUCCAGAAACAGUACCCGCAGACGUGGUGCUUCUUGGAGUGGCGGAGCGACGAGACGAGCGACGCGGCGUUCAACUUUAUGUACGCUGGCUUAAGCUCGGUGCUGAUCCUGGCAACGGUGCUGUGCAACGUGCUGGUGUGCGGGGCUCUCAUCCGUAUGCACCGGCGCUACGUGCGUAGGACGUCGCUGGGCACUGACCUGAGCCGCGGCAACGUGGACUCGCGCAAGAAAGGCCGAAGUUUCGGACGCCUGGCCGGUGCCGAGAUCCAGAUGGUCAUCCUGCUCAUAGGCACCUCGGCAGUGGUGCUCAUCUGCUCUAUUCCGCUUGUUGCUCAGGUGUUUCUGAACCAGCUCUACAAGACGCCGGUAGAACUCCGCUUGGAAAAAAACCCCGACCUGACGGCCAUUCGCUUUGCCUCCUUCAACCCCAUCCUGGACCCGUGGAUCUACAUUCUGCUGCGCAAGGCCGUCUUCCGCCAGCUCGUGGAGAACAUCAAGUGCCUCUUCUGCAAGAUGGGCAUCAGGGGGCAGAGGACUAAUGGCAACGGGAGCUGCCACUGCAUGGAUGUGUCGCCCCAUCCUCCCUCCUCAACCGUCUCCAAACGGGACUCGCGCUCGUUGGUGUUCGGCGACGUUCCGGAUAUAAGCUCCCAGACUUUCUUGGAUCACUCCCAGGGAAGAAUAUCGCCUGCCGGGAGCUGCUGUGACAAUCACAAAGUGGAAAAUAUAUCAUGGGCUUCAUCAUGCGAGCAUGGCGACGUGGCCCCAAGGACAGAAGGGGACCAUGUGCUCAGGGGCCCCCAAGCUAAGGACCCUGGACUACAAAUGUCACUCAGCUCAGUAACUAUGGAGGAAAAAUGCAUCUGAACUUGCACUGACUCGGAAAUGGAGCCCACGUGGAAGGAAAAACUGAGUCAUAUCUCACAGGCAAUCAGUCAGGAAAAAUAAUGCUACCAGUGAAGACUUUUGCACUGUUGCCUCAUGACAAGAAUGUCUGGAAUGCUGAAUUUCCAAGCAUUUAAAACAGCAUCCAGUAAAUGGUUAAACUUUCUCCAAAACCUGGAUGUACUUGAGCUACAAACUAUUACGAUUAAAGAUAUCGACUCUGGCCAAAAGGAAAAAUAAUUUUUGUUUGUCCGUCCAUUUGUUAGCUCACAGUUAUUUCCUGGUUCAGAGGUUAGCAUUGGACUUACAAGACUAUUGUUUAAAUUCUAGGACAGAAUCAUUUUAACUCUGAAACAGUGGUUGAAUUGUUCUGUUUUGACUGUGGAAAAAAAAAAAAAAGUAUCACAUAUGUUUGUCCGUCCAUGUGUCAGAUAGCAGCUAGCUCAAGGUUGAGAAGUGAGUCUACCAUCUGAAAUCAGAGGAACAGUUCUUUUU